UCCGGGAGUGCGGGAGGCUGUGGUAAAGGGAGGUGGCGGCAGCGGCUAGCGGACUCGAGUCCCCACCGGGUCGAGGCAGGCAUCUCUGUGGAGCGAGGCAGUAGGUGCCCUGAGCACCGGAGGCGGCACCGGGAUCCCCGACUCAGGGGAGGGGGGCGCCGGACCGGGAGGAGGGGAAGGGGCGAUGCUGGAAGCCAUGGCGGAGCCCAGUCCCGAAGAUCCACCUCCGACCCUUAAGCCAGAAACUCAGCCACCAGAGAAAAGACGGAGAACGAUUGAGGAUUUCAACAAAUUCUGCAGUUUUGUCUUGGCAUAUGCUGGUUAUAUCCCCCCCAGCAAAGAGGAAAGUGACUGGCCAGCCUCUGGCUCCAGCUCUCCAUUGCGAGGUGAGAGUGCGGCAGACAGUGAUGGCUGGGACUCAGCCCCCUCAGAUCUCCGAACUAUCCAGACCUUUGUUAAGAAAGCAAAGUCAUCCAAGAGAAGGGCAGCUCAAGCAGGUCCCACCCAGCCAGGACCCCCAAGAUCCACUUUCUCACGUCUGCAGGCCCCUGAUAGUGCCACCCUACUUGAGAAGAUGAAGCUCAAGGACUCUCUCUUUGAUUUAGAUGGGCCUAAAAUGGCAUCUCCACUUUCCCCCACUUCCCUGACACAUGCCUCGCGGCCUCCUGCUGCUCUCACCCCAGUGCCCCUUUCUCAAGGGGACCUCUCCCAGCCACCUCGAAAGAAGGACCGAAAGAACCGAAAGUUGGGGCCAGGAGGGGGGGCUGGCUUUGGGGUGCUUCGGAGGCCUCGGCCAACCCCUGGGGAUGGGGAAAAGAGGUCUCGAAUCAAGAAGAGCAAGAAGCGGAAGUUGAAAAAGGCAGAUCGGGGGGAUAGACUCCCACCUCCUGGGCCUCCCCGGGCACCCCCCAGUGAUACAGACUCUGAGGAGGAGGAGGAGGAAGAAGAGGAGGAAGAGGAGGAAGAGAUGGUAGCAGUGGUAGGGGGUGAAGCCCCAGCCCCUGUGUUGCCGACUCCCCCUGAGGCUCCUAGGCCCCCUGCCACAGUGCACCCUGAAGGAGCCCCUCCCACUGACAGUGAAAGUAAGGAGGUGGGCAGCACUGAAACAAGCCAAGAUGGAGAUGCCAGCUCCAGUGAAGGCGAGAUGCGGGUCAUGGAUGAGGACAUCAUGGUAGAAUCAGGUGAUGACUCAUGGGAUCUGAUCACGUGUUACUGCCGAAAGCCCUUUGCAGGGCGGCCCAUGAUUGAGUGCAGCCUGUGUGGGACGUGGAUCCACCUUUCCUGUGCUAAGAUUAAGAAGACCAAUGUCCCUGACUUCUUUUACUGCCAGAAAUGCAAGGAACUGCGACCAGAAGCACGGCGGUUAGGGGGGCCUCCCAAAUCUGGAGAACCCUGACAAUGCCAUCUCUAGGCUGGAACUUCAAAUGACAAUAUGGUUUGGGAAUUGAGCCUCAGGGUCCUCAGCCUAUCCCCUGGAGCUUGGAUAUUGUCCCACUUCGAGGCAGGAAAUCCCAAGGGAAACUUGUUUGGAAAUGAGUGUCGUGUUCCUACCCUAACCUACCUUCCCAACUUGUGGACUUGAAGUUGGACCCAUUACAAUUGGGAGUGCGAGGCUGUCUGGGUCUGAAACAGUUAAUCUCUGUCUCUUGAUCUGCCACCUCUCAUUUUCUGGGCCAGGGUUGGAAUUGGGAUGGAAUGGGACAGUUGUCUAUAAAACUCUAGUGUAAAUAUAGCACUCCCCUCCCUCA